UAAUUUAGACAACUUGUUAUUGUUGGUUAGCCGAUGCGUCACGUACUCGAUGAAAGAGAAUAUAUGGAGAAAACAAUUCCGUUGGUGUAACUGAAUUUUCCGUUGCCGAAGACCGGAUGAAAAUUCGAUUUUAGGAAGAUUCCUAUAGGAGGUCACUAUUCAGUCGAUUGUUCUCAAUUGUCUCAAUCGAGUUUGAACGCAGCUGAAUGUUCAAAUGAACGUUCUCGGUCGCAGUAACAGAGAUAUCAUUUCUUGUCACCGAAUUUUCAUUUCUUGUCAUUGAAUUUCCAUCUGAUCCGUAAUCUAUUGCAGAAACGGAGUUCCUCGAGACACGUUUGUGAAUUGACACGUUAUCGUAUUCUUCAUCACCCCCUCCUCUCCCGGCAUUCCCCCUCCUUUACGCGUAUCUCUACAAUUACGCGGAGAAAAAAUUCUGCUUGUGUAACUGAACAUAAAUCAGAUGAAAAUUCGGUGAUGAGAAAUGAUAUAUCUGUUCAUGCGACCGAAAACAUUCUCUGAACAUUUAGCUGUGUUAAAUCAUUCGGUCAAGGUAACUAAUAACAGUUGGUUAAACAGAAUUCUGCUACGAAAAUCUUGUUCUGCUAAGAAUCUCGCAACUAUUCCUACAACCGAGUUUUCUGUCUGAUUCCCAUUAUUUCCAGGCAACGGAACAUUUAGUUGCACUAACGGAACGGUUCUUAUCGUGUAAUAACAAACCUUGAAACAACAGGUCUGUUUUUUCUUCUGCUGAAUUAGCGUACAUUUAUAGAACUUAAAACGAGUUGGAUAUACAGUUAAGAUUUAUUAAGUUAUUUAAGAAGUUUAAGAAGUUUAUUAAGGAAGAAAGAGGAGAAAGAACUAGUACAAAUUUGUGCAGCCAGUUCAGCAAAAAGAGUGCAGACCUAAUUCUUGACCUUGGACAGUUUUUGUUGCGAAUAGAAAAGGGAUGGGGAGAGGGGGACGGGAGAUUAUUCAAUGCGAUUAUCGAUAAGUGAAACGAUUAAUCCAGUGAAUUUCGAUGAAUCAACGCCGUCAAAACAGUCGCCUUAGGCGAGAGGUGGAGCUGCAUGUCGCGCAAAUGCAUCCGCGGGACGCUCGGCUCGUGUUUACGUUCUCGCUGAAUAAUAUUUGUUUUCUUCAUUGGUCUACUCACCGACGACUCGUCAUUAGGCUGUUCGUUUAGCUUCAACUCGUAUUAAACGUCGCGCACACGUCGCACGCAACCAAACCGGCGCGUAGUUUCGUCCGGAACGUUAGUUUAUACGAUUAAGGAGAUACGCGUCCGUGAGGUCUACAAUUUCAUUUGCCGUUGUUUCGCCGGAUUUCUAUUUUAUUUAUAUGUCGUCAGUUUUCAGAUAACUUAAGCAUAAUCGAUGAGUGUAUAAGAUGAAUGUGACAUUCGAGGAAGCCUCUCACCAAUUUCUGCAAAGCACAGGAAAGCUUUUUUAUAUUAUUAACCCCGAGGAGACAUCCUACAAGAACGCGGAAGAAGUGCCGAAUUAUUGGAAGGAGAUAUGGUUGCCGUUUUUUGUAUUAUUGAUUGCGGAGCAGAUAAUACUGUAUAUAAAGAAUAAGAAGGUUCGUUGGAAUGAACAAGUGACAUCACUGUCUCACUGGAUAUUCGAUGAAACCGUACGAUUUUUUUCGCGCGGUGCUGAAUAUUAUUUAUAUAUUCAAUUGUAUAAUAAGUUUCAUUUAUGGGAUUUACCCUGGAACGCACUAUCGACGUGGAUUAUCGCCGCCUUGAGCGUGGAAUUUUGUUAUUAUUGGGCUCACCGUUGCAACCACGAAAUUACUUUCUUUUGGGUCUUCCAUCAAGUACAUCACAGCAGCGAAGAGUUUAGUCUUGCGGUCGGCUUGCGGCAAUCUGUUUUGCAAACCUGGUGCAACUUUAUAUUUUAUGUGCCCCUCACUGUAUUCAUACCUCCGUCCCACUUCAUUACUCACAAACAGUUCAAUUUGAUAUAUCAACUGUGUCUACAUACGACAUUAAUUGAUGACAUCAAACCGUUUGAUUGGUUUUUUAACACAGCCAAGCAUCAUCGCGUUCAUCAUGGUUGCAAUCUUUAUUGUUUGGACAAGAAUUACGGCGGCGUGUUAAUUAUAUGGGAUCGAUUGUUCGGCACGUUUCAAGAGGAGCAGGAUAAAAUCGUUUAUGGCCUAGUAGUUAAUUCUAGGUCGUUUAACCCACUCUAUCUGCAGAUAUAUUAUUUAAAGGCAAUAUUCCAAAAGAGCGCAACCAUGCACAGCUGGUGGAAUAAGAUCGGCACUUUUUGGAAGGGACCAAGCUGGUAUCCAGGUGCACCACGUUUGGGCUUAGAUCAGUACAAGACUUACGUGACGCCUAGAUAUGCGUAUGAUCCUUACAUACCUACAUGGCAAGUCCUAUAUGUCUUCUUGCACUUUGCCUCGGUUAUCAUCUAUCAUUAUCGACUACACCUUAUGGAUUUCUCCAAUUCUAUAUCAAUGUAUAUGGUACUAGGAAACGUACUUACUCUCAUCAGCAUUGGCAUGUUAUUUGAUAGAGAUAAUAGGAUUGCUCUCUUUGAAUUUGCGCGCUGUAUAUUUAGCCUGUACAUCACACCGUACGAUCAGUCUGUGUUAAACACGUACGUCUACAUUUUACACUGCUUUUCACUGUACUGCAUUUGGAUACCUCACAUUGUAAAGCUGACAUCAAAUUAUGCGUACGAAUAUUCAAUAAUGAUACAACGUCAUUCGAAAAGGGUUAAGGUACAUUCGAAUUUAAAAACCAAACUUUUGUACAUAAUAAAAGGAUUUCUUCGGAGUGAACAUUCGGAAUGUGAAAUGAACGAGAUUCCGGAUUUAAAGAUAAAUAGAUUUCCAAAUAAUUUGAACGGAAUUUCGACAUUAAAUGAAACUUCGAGUAAAAUGAAAUGAUUUUGACUGUUUGAGACAUCAAAUAAUUAUUGGAAUUAAUGAAAAUAAUGAAGUAACAAAUAGAACGUGUUGAAAGAAUUGAAGAAAUGUAACCCGAUGGAUCAUUAUUAUUAUUUUAUUAGCGAAGUUCACACAUUCAAAUAAAAGUUACUAUAAAAAGAAUUUAUCAUCAAUAGAUACUUUUUAUAUCGGAAUACAUAAAAUUUGUUGCAUUAAACGUUAUCAUAGAGAUUUAUAUUUUAACAUUUAUUAAUCUUCUUCUUUACCACAUACGCACAGGCUCGAUGAGACGAUUCAUUUAAAAAAUUGAAAAACAUAUCGGUAAUAUGUAUUGUGUGACCGCGAGCGUGGCAUGGUAGACAUCCGCACCGGUCUGAUAUGCUAUAAAAGUCCCGGGCUCGAUUCCCGGUAGAACCAGAAAAUUUUUCAUGCACUCGUAGCUUCUCUUCGGUGGUCUGACAAACCAAUGAUAAAACCGUAAACCUUUCCCCAAAAAUUUUCCAUUUAAACUGUAGAUUCCGUAUGCAUGUGUAUAAUCUGCGUACGCAUCUGCGUACGCAUACAUGCAUAAUAGGAAGAGAGGCCCGAUGCUCCUCGCAGGAGUUAUAGGAACACUACAUAUAUACAAUAUGUAUUAUGUAAUGUGCGUUCCUAAUCAGUUGUUUAUAAUAUAUUAUGCUUAUAAGAUAUUACAUUUGUAAAAUAUAUGUAUAUACACGUCAUUAUAUUUUUUACAGGAAGAAGUAUUGUGAUAUUAUGUCUUGUUUUCAUUAUUAUUAUUAAUUUCAA